GAAGGCGGGAGGCUGAGGGGGGCGUGUGAGGGGCCUGCUGCUCCACAGGCGCCAGCUCCCGAGAGGCCCCCGGCGCCAGGCCAGAUUGGGGAAACUGAGGCCCGAAGCAGGGCGGCGGAUCCAAGGUCACGCGGCGGGCCGGGCCUUCCCGGGUUCUCGAGGCCGCCCGGGCGCUUCCUGCGCGGCCCGGAGGGCUCGGAGCUCGCGAUGCGAAUGAAGCUGUGGGGACCGCGGCCUCGGAGCCCAGGCCGGGCCGGCGUCCAUCGGACUUCCUCGCGGACAAGGAUUGUUUUGUCCUCCCGGUGCUGAGGCCACUGAGUGUUGUUUCUGGGGGAGUAUUCCACACGCCCAAUUUCGAGGGGUGUGCGGCGGAUGGUGGGGGAGGCGAGGAUGGCCUCUUUGAGGGGGCCUGUUGAGUGCAGGCUCGGGGAUCAGACUGCCUGGGUUCACAUCCUGGCUCCCCGGCUCAGGGGAUGUGACCUUGGGUCUUUCCUAACCUCAGUUCCCUUCUGCAAAAUGGGGGUGUAGAGAGCAUUUCCACAUCCCCACCCCCCAUCCCCUCCGCCACGGUUCUUGGGUUUGUGAGGCCAGUAGAAUGCUUGGCACAGACUGGGACAUACACAAGCGUGAAAGCUGUUAUUACUGUAAUCGCUGAUAAAUUUCAUCCAGGGUGAACCUCACUCGGAAAAGCCCGAAAUUGGGCUCUAGUUGUGUAUUUGUUUUACGAUUUUUGUCUUAGGUUAGUCCUGCUUUAUGAUCCAGUUGUUUUUCUUACCUCCAUUUCUCCAUUCCAGCAUUUAUCUAGUGUUCCUCCUAGAAUUUUGAGAUCCUGGUGUCUCUUAAUAACAACAAUAAAAUUUAAAUUGUUUCUCGUUACAAUAGCAGUGAUAGUCAACAUUUUUUCAGCAGCAGGCAUUUUGCAUUCUAUUCAUUCAGUGUUUCUUAAAUCAUCUAUUAAGUAAAAAGUACCAUUCUCAGCCAUGGGAAUAUAACAACAAACUAGAUGGACCAAACUCAGUCUUUAAGUUUAGUUUGGGGAAGGGGAAGACAGGUAAAUGAGGAAAGCAAUAAAUCCAUUUUGCAUGUUUUCUCUUCAUUUAAUCCUGGUGACAAUGUAAAUAAGAGUUAAGAAUUUCAAUAUGACCAUUUUGCAGAGGAUGAAACUGAGGAACAGAAGGAACCCUGUGAUCUAGCCCCAGAGCCCACGUCCUUCACAAAAAAGGGAGACUUUACACAGUCUCUCUUGUUUGACACUCAUUAGAUACUGGAUUGAAGAAAUGCAAAGUAGAUGCAUCCAGCAAUGCCUCUUCAUAGUCAAGCCCAAAAUCGCUGCUUUUUGUAGUUUGCUCUGUUCUUCUUGGAGCUUAUAACAAAACAGAGGCAGAGCUGACCCUUUAGGUCUAAGAUGCACCAUCUCUGUGAAAUGAAAGGAGUUUUAAUCUGAACUUAAAUGUUUUAUGUCCAAAUCUCUUUCAUGCAAUUUUUAGUUUAAAAUAUGUCCCCAAAGUACAAUUUUAGUUCUAUUAUGUAACAAAGUUUUAUAUGUUUGUUUAUUUUAGUGUUCCUAAGACAAUUCUAUAUUACAUUCUUAGCAUACUUAAUACAGUUUUUCUUUUAAUCUGGAAGCAUAUAGUAAACUGAAUUAAAAUAUUGGGAGGAUUUUUUCUGUGAGGUUCCCAUGAUACAGUUAGAUUCAGCAUUGACCAUCUGCUAAGCUCCAGGCCCUGUGCUGGUGUAGGGGUUACAAAGAUGAAUAAAAGCAGACUCUUGCCUCUAGGAGCUUACCUAUAGGCUUGAUUGGCUAAUGUUUUUAACGGAAGUGCCGGGCAGAGAAUGUAGGAGCUCUGAGUCCUUGGAGGGGGGCGGGGGAGUAGUCUAGAGCAUUGGCCUAAAAUGUUUUUCCAUGUUCUUUGUAUUAGUAGAUAGGGUUGAGUAUGCACAUACAUGUGAAUGUUUUAAGUUACAAUUACAUUGCUAAUUAACUGUAGUCUAUGUUAGGUACAUUUUAUAACAUGCAAAAAUAGACCUUUUUUGCAAAAGGAUGAUCUAAAAUGUGAGUAGAAGUUCCAAUUAUUGUGUUUUCACAUGUUGGUGAAUAAUAACUGGGCAUCUUAGGGGUGGGGACCUUUGGUCUUGUGGUGGGACCUUCUUCUUAACCUCUGAGGUUGGUUGAAAUUCAGUUCUGGAGUUGUGCUGAGGUUGAAAUCUUGGGGUCCAAAAUCCUAUUAGCUUUGAGACUUUGGGCACAUUAUUUAACCUUUUUGUGCACUUUAUUUUCCUCAUCUGUAAAACUGAGUUGAUGAGAGCCCCUGCCACAUUUACAGUUUUGUGAUGAUCAGUAAUAUGUAUGGGGUAUGCAUAUGAUAAUAUAUGGGAGUACGCACACUGUGCUUGACAUAGUGUUCUGUAUGCAUAUAAAGAAGUAUAAAGAAGACUUAGGAUCUCACAGGCUAGUAGGGGCCCUGCACCUGUAUGUGGAUAAUGAUAGUGCUCAAAGCAAAGUCUUUUGGGAAUACAGGGUUGGCAUAACUAAUGGUUCUUUGAGGGUCCAAGUAAGUUUCAGAUAAGGAGUUAACAUUUGGACCAGCCUAAGAAAAAGAGGGGCUUUUUUCCAGGAGGAGGAGGGGUGGACCUCUUGUGUGCUUGGUGAGUUGUUCUCCAGAUCUGGACCUGCAGGGAACCUGAUUGAAGCUUUUGUGUACCUUGUUGAUAGGAUAACAGUGAGUUCUGGCUGGACUUGUUCUGGCAGGGGCCAGAUGGCAAGGAAGCCCAUUCCAGAACUUUCCACAAUACCGCAGCUCUUUUCUCUCUGGUGACACUUGACCUCAUUCUGCCUUCUUAGUUAUCUAAGAAUAUAAACUCCUAAAUGUAAGCUCCUGCAUUUUUGUGAUCUUAUUUUGCCUAACAAGGUAAGUGGAAAGUCCCUAAGGCUGGAGAAAGGUCUGUAAAUUAUUGGACUUUCAAAGAAUUGUGAAAUUACAAGUAGAAUGGUAAAUGACCACACUUGCUAGUGAACAAACUUGAUUACAAAUAUGGUAGACAGGCCCUGUGCCUUACCUAAUUCAAAAGGGGUGAGAAUUGUCGUGUUCAGUAACCUUUCCUUAUCUGGCAUUUGUCCAUUAGCAUGAAAGAAGAGAUGGGAAAGUUUACCUGAAAGACUUCCUGGAGGUUGAAUUAGGUACCUUCCAUUUGCUCUUCUAGGUCCUACUUUCCAUCUGUUGCCUUUUCUCUGCCCUGGAAGGCUGACUUAUGCGAACUACAUCAAGAGCUUCCUUCUCAUCUAAGUUGGUGCUGAGAAAAGAGUGCCAGCAAUGCCUGGAUCGCCUGUGGAAGUGAAGAUACAGUCAAGAUCCUCACCUCCCACCAUGCCACCCCUCCCACCAAUAAAUCCUGGGGGACCCAGGCCAGUGUCAUUUACUCCAACAGCAUUAAGCAAUGGCAUCAACCAUUCUCCUCCUACCCUGAAUGGUGCCCCAUCACCACCACAGAGAUUCAGCAAUGGUCCUGCCUCUUCCACAUCAUCUGCACUAACAAAUCAACAGUUGCCAGCCACUUGUGGUGCUCGGCAGCUCAGCAAGUUGAAACGCUUCCUUACCACACUGCAACAGUUUGGCAAUGACAUCUCACCUGAGAUUGGGGAGAAGGUGCGGACUCUUGUUCUAGCACUGGUGAACUCAACAGUAACAAUUGAAGAAUUCCAUUGCAAGCUCCAAGAGGCUACAAACUUUCCUCUUCGUCCUUUUGUGAUUCCAUUCCUCAAGGCCAAUCUGCCCCUGCUGCAGCGAGAACUGCUGCACUGUGCUCGAGCCGCCAAGCAGACCCCGUCCCAAUACCUGGCUCAACACGAACACCUUCUGCUCAACACAAGUAUUGCGUCACCUGCUGACUCUUCUGAGCUGCUCAUGGAAGUGCAUGGAAACGGAAAGAGGCCCAGUCCGGAGAGGAGGGAAGAGAGCGGUUUUGAAAGAGAUACUACAAUUCCUCCCGAGCCUCCUGCCAAGAGAGUGUGCACCAUCAGCCCUGCUCCCCGGCACAGUCCUGCCCUCACUGUGCCCCUCAUGAAUCCUGGGAGCCAGUUCCAUCCUACUCCUCCACCUCUUCAGCACUACACGUUAGAAGAUAUUGCAACUUCACACCUGUAUCGUGAGCCCAAUAAGAUGCUAGAACAUCGAGAAGUUCGUGAUAGACACCACAAUCUUAGUCUAAAUGGAGGCUAUCAAGAUGAGUUGGUAGACCACCGUUUGACAGAAAGGGAAUGGGCUGAUGAAUGGAAACAUCUUGAUCAUGCUCUGAACUGCAUUAUGGAAAUGGUAGAGAAGACAAGACGCUCCAUGGCAGUCCUGCGGCGCUGUCAGGAAUCUGAUCGUGAAGAACUCAAUUACUGGAAAAGACGAUAUAACGAAAACACAGAGAUGAGGAAGACAGGGAGCGAGUUGGUCUCUAGGCAGCACAGUCCUGGGAGUGCAGAUUCUCUCAGCAAUGAUUCUCAGCGAGAAUUCAACAGUAGGCCAGGAACAGGAUAUGUACCUGUGGAGUUUUGGAAAAAAACUGAAGAAGCUGUGAAUAAGGUGAAAAUUCAGGCCAUGUCAGAAGUACAGAAAGCCGUUGCUGAGGCAGAGCAAAAAGCCUUUGAAGUGAUUGCAACAGAGAGAGCUCGGAUGGAGCAAACCAUAGCGGACGUCAAACGGCAGGCUGCAGAGGACGCCUUCCUCGUCAUAAAUGAGCAAGAAGAGUCAACAGAGAACUGCUGGAACUGUGGCCGCAAGGCCAGCGAGACCUGCAGCGGCUGCAACAUCGCACGAUACUGCGGCUCUUUCUGCCAGCACAAGGACUGGGAGCGGCACCACCGCCUCUGUGGCCAGAACCUGCACGGCCAGAGUCCCCACAGCCAGAGCCGGCCACUGCUUCCUGGAGGGAGGGGCUCCUCGGCCAGGUCCACCGACUGCAGCGUGCCGAGCCCGGCUCUGGACAAGACCUCGGCCACCACCUCACGCUCCUCAACACCUGCCUCUGUGACAGCCAUCGACACCAACGGACUCUGAGCCCCAGACUCACUUCCCUCUGAUGACCUCACAGCACGGCAAACCAUGGCACAGAGGGCCCGGCUGUUUGAACCAGUGCAGUUAGCUGUUGGGUCAUCAGCACGGAGUGAAGUGGAGGCAGGAAGAGUGCAAGGCCAGCCAACACUGCUCCACAGCCCCUCCGGACACUGGCCCCAGUUUCCUGUCUGUGUCCUUGGGGGAGCUAGUGUGCCACUCUCUCUGCACACAGGCAGCUAGCCAGAGCCGCUCCUCCUUUCUUGGCUUCCAGGUUUGUUCCCGUUCCAGCUGAAACUGGCGUGGCCGUCCCCUUCUCAGUAUAGACCACCAGCUCCCCUCCCUGCCUCUCCAGGCAGCAGACCCGUCAGAGGUGCCCGGCCGGGCUGGAGGGGGCUCGCCCCACACACUGCCGCCUACUCCACCGUCCUCCUGCGGCAGAGGCCUGGAAGCUGACAGCAGGCCGUGGAGGAGAUUCCCUCCGAUGGGGGUGGCCCCUCUUGCCCUGGAACAGCUCCUUUAGCCCCAUUUCCACCCUCAGCAGAUGCCACUGACUAGCCCCCGCCCCCGGACAUGGGCAGGCAGAAGCAGCACUCAGGACCCUCUCUUCGACCCUGCUGUUCAGACUUGUUAAGAGUAUCAGAAAUCACAGGAAAUAAGUUACCAUUUCACUAAAAGCACCCGUAAUAAUGAAAAACAAAUAAAACUUCCUCCAAGCAUCACAGAUCAUUUUGGACAAGAUUUUCCAACCUGGCUUGCUACUUUAGUUUGGGACCCAUUUUUUUCUCUCUUACCUGAUUUUGCUUAUGCAGAAAUAGUUUCCAGCGCAUGGAUUGGUCUGAGGGAGAAAGACUCAACUGUGGAUAGUCUGUUCUCUCUGAGCAUGUUGGCCAAACUAGUAUCGUCAAAACAUUGAAUGGAUUAUCUAUUGGAAAUGCAGAACCUUUUGUCACCGCUUGGCUGUUUGCACAGUCGUCUUGUUCUGUGUCCCUUUUAUCUCAGACCGCGCACGUCCAGAUCACUGUGUGGAUCUUCUCGUGGUCUCUCUUUGGCCCCUGUUAAGCUAUGGUUGUCCCAUAGGAUGUGAUGUGUUGUGGCUAGGACCUGCCUCAGCAGUCAAGGCCUGCUCACAUCUCAGCAGCCUUCCUGGACCUGAAAGAAUUCUUCAAACCUCGUCCAUAGUACAUAUGAUGUCAGUUUAUUAUCAGGCAUACAGUCUCGGUUUCCUUUAUGGUAUCUGUUUGAUACCUUCCCUCUCUGAGCUAAGAAAAGUUCUGUGAAAUGUGACAACCAUUUUGAGAGAGGCUCACCAAUUUUCCUUCCCAUCAUCAGGAAGUUUUCUAGAUUCUUACCUGGCUCUCCAAAGGUGACAUCACCUAUACCUCUUUUAAAAUAUCAGGAACUGCCACACACAUUCUUCCCUGCCAUUUGUGUUUUGUUGGGAGCACAAGGACCCUGACUCUCCCACUCUCCCCCUCCAAGCCUCCAGCACCCUCUUGCCCCAAGGAAUCUGUUGGGGUGAGUUGGUUGGGCCUGCUCCUGGCCCGUGAAAGCCCAGCUUUAGAUGGCUACCUUCUGUGCGCUGACCAGAGGGAAAUAAAAGCUCUGUCUCAUCAAGGAAAAGGGAUUAGCGUAGUAGCGUUGUCCUCACAUACAGGGGUAUCUUACUGCGAGAACUUCUAAGUCCCUAAUUUACCUAAAGAUUCUGUAUCAUGCAAAGGAACUCAGUACCAGGCACCUUUAAAAUACCUGGAUUUCCAGUGCAUAAAGUAAAGUAAGAUCUUCCCAGAGAAUGAAUAACAGAAUAAUGUUAUCCAUUAAACUGGAAUUCCUUAAACUGCAGCUGUUGGUGGGGCAUCGGGACCAACAGGAAUGAAAUUAGUACUCCGGGAAGGACUUGCCUACAUUUACUUGAGACAUGGGGUAUCCCAUGAGGAAGUCAUAGAGCCUAUGAAUCAGAGCAAGAGAGUAUCCCAUGGUACCCGUUGGGUCUGUCCCCAGGUCACUGCCUUUUCAUUGACAAGAUGUACACCUGGACAGGUUCUUUAAAUCUUCAGUUGGCCACAGGACCAGCCAGGGUAGCCCAGGUUUUUCCUGGUUGGAAUAAAGAGCCAAAAGCAGGGCCCACCGUCCAUUUCUGUAGCUAUGGUUUUAGUUUAGUGUGCGGGUCUUAGGUGGCUGUCGUGGGCUGUGGUUCUACUGACAGCUGUGUUGGCAGAGUUACUGUGGUGCUGUUCUAGACCGCUUUGCUCACCCGCUGCCCAGAGGCCAAGCUGAAAACCUGGGUAGUAUUCCACGCUGUAGUUCAGUUCUCAGACCUUUUGCUGUUCAUUUUGGUCACUUUCACAUCUAGGUUGGUAGGGCAUCUGUCCAAGACUUCCUGUUUAGGUGUAAAGAAUCCCUUUCCUCAGCUCCCUCCUCUGAAAUUCUGCUGUCUGGUUGGGAGAAGGAGGGGCACUGCCUUGGGGUGGGCAGGGAGGGGGUGGAAGGGGCAAGGGUGACUGAGUCCAGCUUCCCUACUUGGUCUCCAGUGUCUGCUCACCAUCCCAGCCACCAGGUUUGGAGUACAAGUUCAGGCUUCCCGCUUUCAUCUAGUUAGGCUUAAAAUAACUUGAUACAGUCAAGCUACUUAGAGGACCAAUCUUCAUAGUUAAUAUUUGGGGGGAGAGAGAAAAGACAGAGGGGAUGGGAGUGGUGGUACUGGAGGUGUCGGGGCGGUCCCGGGCUCUUCAAUAUUAUCGUAGAAAUGAAAAGCAAAUGUGACAUGUGCCUGCCCACCCAUCAGAGCACACCUGGAGGAUGAGGCCAGUGUUCAGCAUCGCCCACUGAGGGACACUGAGAAGUGACGGGACUUCACUGUCCUCUGCUUGCGAGAAGUGGUUGCAGGAACCAGGGAAGGCCAGGGUGGCCAAACUGGGAGCCCCCUUUAAAUGUUCGGAGGGAUGAUUGAGGGCUGAAUCUUCACACCCACCCUCAGUCGCCCUUUGGGUCCCCACCACCUGCACCAUGUCUGACUCCGCCCAGUGGUGAAAAUGGACUCAAGAAGAAGUUGGCUAAUUCCACCUGCUCAGGAGUAGGCAGCCUACCCUAGGAAUUGUGAGCGUGAAUGGGACUUCCGCUUUGCAGGGUCCCUGCAGCUCCAGGGUGGGCCUCUAGCACAUGUGCUCAGGCACAGGCAUGUGACCCUGAGGUCACAGAGCGAGUGGAUCUUGGACAGUGCUGAGUCCUACAUGUCUCAGCGAAUCGAAGUCUGGAAACCAGACGCAUCUACCCAGCACAGAUCGGUGUCAUGUUGGCUGCAGUGUGGACAUCCUUUGCCCAUCUGGGCCUGCUAGUCCACCAGGAACUCCUCACUUCUUGGGGUCAACAUGAACAUCUUCAGCUUCUAGACAGAAAAUCUACACUUUACUCUCUAUGGCCUUGUUCCAAAGUCAGAUUGAUCCCCAGGGCUGUCACCUGCUUGAAAGGGUGUAGACCUUAUUCUGGAUAGUUCCAGAAGCUAUCUCAGCAAGUGGAGUUGGAGGUUCAGCAACACUAUUGGAAUUGUGUGGUAGUGAGUUCUUCAGAACGAAAUAAUGACCAGGUAGCCAUUUGUCCUGGAAACUGUAGAAGGGAUUGUGGAUUGAAUGAAUCAUUUAGAACACAUCUUCGAAGCUUUCUUCAGAACUGGUGUCAGAACCAGGUCAGUAGACCAAGCCACCUUAGGUUCUUUUGUUUUGUUUUGUUUUGUUGUUUUGUUUUGUUUUAAAGCUAUUUACAGAGAACUGGGUGGUGGCAUGUUUGAACCAAAUGUAAGAAAAGCCACAGGGACCUGGACUGUUCCAGCAUGGGCCAGCCGGCCAGGUGUCCGGGAGGAGUCUUGUCUGGGUUGGGGAGGGGGAGCUGGGCGAGCUCUGAAUAGGGCCUUUCUGGCUCUCUAAGUGUCUAGUUCUUAUGAAACCAAAACAUUGACUACCUGCCUCUUUGCCCACAUGCAUUGACACGCUCAUUUCCAAAGAUGAUGGUGCAGGUGACUUUUUCCAUCGUGAGCCAGGAGAAGGUUGGGAGACCUGAGGGUGGACCUUGCAUCCCCCUUCCGCUCCACAGCCCCAGAAAUGGCACUUCCCUGCAGACCCCAUCCGGUCAGGCCCACAGCUGCCCAGUGUACACGCGUCGAUGCUUAUACCAAAUAGGGCAUGUGCGGCUGUGGCUGGCGGAGGCAGCCCCGUCCCUGCAUUGGAGUUGGCGGAGAGAAGCAUAGGUGAAUGAUUGAAAGUGCUAUUUGGCUCAGCGGCCUUUUGUCUACUUUCACGGCUUUCCAAGUUCCUGAUGAGGCUACAAAAGCUCCAUCCAUAAAAGAAAGCCAAUAAUGUAAAUAAAAAAGUAUGCCUCCGAGCGUGGAUUUUAAAGGGGGAUGAUGAAUGUGAAACCACCCACAGGAUGCGGUAGUCUGGUUUUUCUGUGCUUUGUCAUUUUACUCUGAUAGCGAUUUUUGUUACUUAACUCUGUGCAUAACUUAUUUAAUGUACUGUAUAAAUGAACCAAAACUGUUAAAUAUGUAUUUAGUUUGUUCUACUUAAAGUAGUCAAUAAAAAGGCUAUAUUCCUUUUCUGA